CAUUGGCGACAGCAAACGCCGUGCCAUGGUCUUGGAGGAAUUGCCAGGAGGUUACAACGAGAAGUCCAUGACGGAAGGCUUGGAACCAAGGGAGCAACCCGAGGCAGUGAAGGAACUCGCCCUGAGGCGUGCGGAAGUUCUGUUGAGCCUUGAGAAUUGGUGCCAAGCUCUGAAGAAUGUCGAGAACCUCCCGCAGGCUCAAGACGCGGAGAGCGAGUUGAAAGAGUCCUUCCAUGAGAAGCUGCAGAGUCGACUGAGGGACGCUCUGUUUCUGGACAUCUGCAACGUCCUCAGCUUCCCCAGCAGCAGCCCGAAGCCCGUCGCGGCCGUUGCGCCGCUCGCGUCGCGCCCCGCCGCGACGCCGGGGACACCGACGACGCCGGUGAAGAUUAGCAGCCGACAGAUCUCGAAGAGCGCCGGGUUGAUGAUGACACCCCGCACCAGUGGCAGCGGCCGCCUCGUUGCCGCGCCACGCACGGGGGGCGCCCUGACGUCGCGGGAGCCGCUGACGUCGCGCCGCAGUCUGAACGGCGCACUGUCGUCGGCCGUGGCGUCGUCGCUGACGCCACGGAGGCCUGGUGGCAGCUUGUCCCUUUCGAAGUCGGCGCGGCCUGCGACGUCGACGUCGGCGCCGAAGUCGGCGCGGCCCUCCCUGCGGACGGCGAACGUGGCCGACACGGCGUCGGCGCGGCAGUUUCAGAUGCCCGCCUUUGCCGGCGUCGUGCGCCGCGCCGGAAGUCCCAGGGGCUCGCCAACGGCCAGUGAGCGCGGCCGCUUUGGAUCCACCAGUCGUUGAUGUGUCGAAACGCAGUCGGCUUUGGU